UAUGCGUCAAAAUGGUGGCGUUGCCACCAACACACUUCAUGCACUUGGAUUUUCAGGUUUUGCUGAGGGUGAGGCCAUAAUGCCUUAUUGGAGGAGCCUAUACCAUCUGCUGUAUUCAUAUCUGAAAUUGCCUUGAGUCGACAACAAUCUCGGGAGAUCAGGCCUCUAAUUAAUCCUCUGUAAGUGUAAGGAUGUCCCAAUUGAGACGCCUCAGCUCAAAAACUAUAGAUGACUUCACAAAGCUUGGUUACUGUGAGCUACAAAGUGGCCACCUGAACACUGCCAUAGAGGCCUUCAAAAAUGCUCACCGACAUUCAGUGUACCUCAAUGAUGUGAAUACUGAGCAACUCUGUGCCUUCAAUUUGGGAGCUGCUUAUGUUGCUGCCAAGAAACCAAGGGAGGGGUUGGAACUACUUUCAACUGCUGUGCCUCCUUGCAAACAACCAGAAGAAAAACCUAAAGGAGAUGUUUACUACAAUUUCGGGCUUGGUUAUGAAACCAUGGACAAUAUGGAUGAGACGAUAAAAUAUUUCGAACUCGCCCUUGAGGCGUAUGAGGUGGGAAGAAGAGAUGUGCCUACUUCCCGGAAGAUUCUCACUGUUGCUAGGAAACUAGGGUUCUGUUAUGGAAAGAUUGGUAGCCAUUCUCAGGCUGUCAGUCGUCUGAAGAUCGUGACCAAACUCCAGGAGGAAUUAGAAGAGGGUUUCAGGGAGAGAAUUCCUGUGCUGUGUGAGCUCAGCUCUCAACUUGCCGUACUAGACAAGUACCUGGAGGCCUUGCAUUACACCGAUGAGUGCUUUACAUACUGUGGCCAGUUGGAGGACAGUCUCAACAAAGGAGAAAUCUACCAUGACUUAGGGUUGAUCUAUGUGCAUUGCAAGGAGUACUCUAAAGGCUGCUGUUGCUUUGAGCUUGCUUUGCCAUUAGUGAGAACAGUUGAGCCGCGAGGGAAGAAGGAAGCUGCAGUGAUUCAAAAUCUUGGUGCCUGUUAUAAUGCACUAGGCGACUAUCAAAGAGCUGUAGGAUUUCAUGAACAAGCUCUGGAAAGUUAUAGUUGCCAUUUCGAUCAGAGUGGCCAGGCUCAAUGUUUCAACAACCUAGCAUUUGCAUUCAUCAACCUUGGAGAUCUUAAUGGUGCAGAGGAAGCUCAUAUGCAUGCCUUGAGGGCCUCUAUCCAAACAGGCGAUUCACACAACCAGUGGCAGUCCUUAGAAGGCCUCGGUACUGUCGCCUUUAAUAAAGGCCAAGUAGACGACGCCAUCGGUCACUUCAGAGAGUCCGUCAAGAUUCUGGCAGCAUCUGAAGAAAACUAUCCAGCUCAUCAUCGCCUCCUGUCCAAGUAUAGCGACUCGGUGAAAUAUAAGGAUCUGUACGCCGUCCGAUCUGUCCCGCCUCCACCUGUCAUCAAUGCAUCAAUGUCUGUCAACUUUUCUGAGUCAUAUCAAAGGACGGGGAAGUUCUUUGAUGAAGAGAAGGAAAAGGAUAAAGAGACUGUCCAAGAACUGGAGCAUUCAAAAACUAGCAGCAACCUGAUUGACACAGUGUAUGAAGGUUCUGAGACUGAUAGUGUCUUCUCCGAAAUGUCAUCGGAGGGUCUUGAAACCGAAGACAUGUAUCAAACAGAUACAAUGUUGAGGCGAUAUAAGGAACAACAACUUGCAAAGAAGCAGACGUUAACAGGGCUGAGGAAGACCAAAUCUGAGAAUCUCUCCAAUAUACCAAAAGGAAGGAGUGCUGUUGAAGUUGUCAGCAAGUUACUUUCAUCCAGGCCAAAAAGUUUCAGAGCCACUACGAGGAACGAGUACGUCUCCAAGUCCCGCCGUCUUAGGCAAAGCCUCUUGAGGAAAUCGGCUGACCAGGGUUUGCCUCAGUGUGAUUCUGAAUCUGAGGACUCGGCAGACUAUUAUUAUCAAAAAGAGGAUGAAAAAGUAGAACCAGAACAUGCAGAUCGUCUGUCAAUGAUUGCCUCGCAAGGUCAAGUGACAGUGGACUUAGUUGAGAAGAAGGCCAAGUUUGGAAAGUCGCGUAAAUAUAAACCGGUGCCAAAACAGACCCAAGGGCAGCCUUCAAGGAGCAAAAAGCUGUUGAGGAGAGAAGAGGCAGAGUUGAAAUCUCAGAUCGAGAAUGAUGGGUUUCUUCGUGCUUUUAAAGAAAUUGAGAUAGAUGGUGCAGAUGGUGCUGGCAGGAAACGACGUGCUAAAAAGAAGAGGAAAGUUUCUAAGAAUGGCGCGAGAAAGAAGCAGAAAGGAUCAAUGAAUAAGUCUGGGGAUUCGGGUGUCUUUGAGGAGGUCAUUAACCCUGAAGGUGCUGCAGUGCAGAAGAGUGAGCUGCUCUUGGAUCUCUCUCAAUGUACGAACUCCGACUCUGACGACGAUUCGAAUGAAGUCAAAGAAGAGGUUGUGAUUGCAUCGUCUGCUCAAGCUGACCAAAGCGCCCCCAAUACGGAGGCAAUAGAAAGUGACACUAUUGCUGGCAGUAGUCUGACCCAGGUAAAAGAGAAGAACGGUAAACCAGGAAGAGCUUUGCCUCAAAGGAAAAGUAAGAAAGAAAUUUGUGGGAAGUCGACUGAUGUGGUUGAUUCAACAAAACCUGGGGUUGCUAUGGAAACUGAGACGGGAAAUACUGAAGAAUCAGACCAGCAGACUUCGAGAUUCUUGGACAAAGCUGUUCAGACCCCAAGAAGAAAGAAAAGUAUUGUCUGCACCCUCAUGUGAUCUCAAAAGAGCUCAGGACAAUAAAUUAGCUACAGUAGAACCUCCCUUAGCGAACUCAUAACUAUUGAAUUAUUAACUAUUAACUAUUUGAAUCAUGACGCCCACUACUGCUGGCCAAGUGCUGUGGAUAUUUCUGUACUGUUUAUCUUCUGUACUGUUUAUCUUCUGUACUGUUUAUCUCCUGUACUGUUUAACUUCUGUACUGUUUAUCUCCUGUACUGUUUACCUCCUGUACUGUUUAUCUCCUGUACUGUUUAACUUCUGUACUGUUUACCUCCUGUACUGUUUACCUCCUGUACAGUUUAUCUCCUGUACAGUUUAUCUCCUGUACUGUUUAUCUCCUGUACUGUUUACCUCCUGUACUGUUUACCUCCUGUACAGUUUAUCUCCUGUACUGUUUAUCUCCUGUACUGUUUAACUUCUGUACUGUUUAUCUCAUGUACAGUUUAUCUGUUUAUCUCCUGUACUGCUUAUUUCUUAUGAUUUUGAAACUUAUCUUAUUUGCUGAUUAUUUGUCAUAUGUAUACCAAGAAUAAGUACAGUUGUUUUGUUGAAUGUAAAUCUUUAACAGUCAUUGGACACUGUAAAGAACAAUUUGUUCAGAUCUGGUUUAUCAAUGUUUGUCUUGAAACAUAACUUGUAUGUCACAGACAGUCGCUGUUUAAUUGAGGCAUUAAAUUAGGGUACAAUGUUAUCACAUACAGUAGGUGUCAGCCAGUCAUGACAAUUGGGUCAAUAAUGUUCAUGGAACUCGGCUCAUUUAAGCCUAAAAUUAAGCUUCAACUUAGUUAAGUAGUCUACGCUUCACUUGUUAUGAAUCUCACAUCAGAGUUGUAGCUACUUAUUAGUUACGAAAACCACAUUAUAUAGAGAGUUAUUUUUUUCAUGUUUUAUUGAAUGAGAUUUUGAUAUUUUAUUGUAUCAUCUUCAUUUGGCAGGGUCAAUUUGUACACUAGAUCAAGUUCACGAAACUCAUAUUUUCACUGUUACAAAGUUAAGAAAGGUUAGAGAAAUAGGCAGUAAGUCUAUCUGAUCUGAGUAUAUUAUCUCCAUGAACCUAUUGUAAUGUACUAACUGGUAAUGUUAUUGGUAGCUAAAUCUUUUGGUUGGAUUAAACAAAAUAUUACUGAAAUUACAUGACCAAGCAAAGAUACAUUUUAUUCUAUGAAAUUAUUUGUACAUUAUUUUAUGUUGAUUUUAUCAAUUUUAAUGGACCGACAUUGUUAUCAUGUUGACGUAUCAUAAUAUUGCACAAGAAAUAAAAUU